CGCACAAUUGAAUUCUAUCGUUGGCUGUGGCUAUCGGUACGGAAGAAAUUUUAGUUCGUUUUUAAUAUGAUAUUGUUAUGAAUAACAGAAAUUAAGCAAACAAUAGAUAGCAGUUCCCAACAACGCGAUUUGUUAUCUCAAUUCGGUGCUGCAGUGCAAUCUCAGCACAUAACCAGCACGGAAAACCCUACAAAGUCACAAAAGUUAACGUUUCUCUCAGAUAAACGCAUUCGCAUCGUUGCUAUAUGUGGCUUUUAUUAAAACGAAUUCCACUCGAAGUUAAAUAUAGACUAAGACUCGCAUUUGCUGAACAGAGCUCAUAAGCCUAACAAUGGCGGACCUAAUACAUUUGGGAAACAUCGAUGUUGUCAUCCAGAAAGAUAAGCCCGGAUCGCCAACGGGCUGUUCGGAUGAUGGGAACCUGGCUGGGCUGGGUGGCAUGACUGGAUUAGGUGGCAUAAUGGCCCCUGGUGGCAUUGACUUGGGUGACUUGGCGCAGGAAUUGGAUCACGAUGAGUUCGAUGGACCCCAUAUGCUGAAUGGUGAACGUCCAGCGAUUAUUGCUCCUCCGGAAAGCGAAUGGUACCAUGGCCGACUUGAUCGCUACUCUGCAGAGUCUCGUCUACGGGGAAGCAGUAAACUGGGCAGCUAUUUAGUUCGCGAAAGUGACCGCAAACCUGGCUCCUAUGUUCUAAGUUAUUAUGGGCGCACCGGCAUAAACCAUUUUCGGAUAACAGCCGUGUGCGGAGACUUCUAUAUCGGAGGACGACAGUUCAUUUCCUUAAGCGACUUGGUUGGUUACUAUACCUCAUGUAGUGACCUACUGAAGCGCGAACGCUUGGCCAUACCAGUUGCUCCGCCGGAGCCAGUUAAUGAUAAGAAACGCGUCGUAGCCAUCCUGCCUUACACAAAAAUGCCAGAGACCGAUGAACUGAGUUUCCAAAAAGGUGAUAUCUUUUUUGUACACAAGACAUGGGCGACGGCUGGUUGUGGGUGA